AUGAAGUGUGUUGUUUUCACAAGCUCAGGAAGUAUCCCCGUAGUUCUCGAUGGACCUCUGGACCCCAGGUUUGUGGAUUGGAAGAAAACCGACUAUGAGUUGUUCCGUGACCAUCUACCAGAGACUUGUGACGAUCUAUUUGAGGAUGCUGAACUUCCUGAUGUUCUUCGCUACCUUCUUGGCUGCCACAAGAGCAAACUGACUUUCACAGGAACAACCAGAAAGGCUCAAGGUGACGAGAUUUUCGAGCUGUCCUCGAGCAGUGUAGCCGGCAUCAUCAUGCCUGCGCGCAAGACCAAAGGAGUGCCAAUGGAGAAGGAACCGGAGGAGGAGGAGGAGGUCGUUGAACCCCCUACAGAAGUUACGGAUAAGAAGAAGCCGAAGAAGCCUGCUAGCAGUGGCAGUGGUGUUGCCGAAUCCCUGAGGCGAGGUGUAGCCUUGGCUAAGCUACGAAAGACGAUGGAUGUUCCUUGCAAGCCAGGUGAACUCAUCCCUGAGUGCACCAGGCUGCUGGAAGAUGGAUCGUGUGAUCUCACAAUCAAAGAUUUGAUGGUGAAUGAUUCUCUUUCCUAUGAGGAUGCCAUUCGUGUGAUGAUACAGCUUAGAGCUGAGGCUGAGCCUUCCACUGCUCCAAACACCAACCCCUGUCCUGACAAGUCCAAGCCUAAGACCAACAGCACGAAACCCAAAGCUGAUACCGAAGUGCCUGCUGCUGGGAAGAAUGGGGUAAAGGAUUCAGGUGAGGCUGAGGAGGUCUUGCAGCUUCCUUCCUUGAAGGGAGGGUCUAAGCAGAAGAAAGACAAGAACAACAAGAAGGGAAAGGUGGAGGAGAAGGCCCUGGAGCCCCAGGCUGGAGAGGUGCCACAUGAGAAAUCCAAGGGAAUGAUUGCAGGCGAGCCCCAGGAUGAAAAGGUGCCAGAUGUCACGCCAAAGGGAAAGGCCAAGCGGAAGGAGAAGGCCAUGGAGCCCCAGGAUGGAGAGGUGCCACAGGUCCCACCGAAGGGAAAAGCCGCUCCAAAGGAGACACAUCCCACAUCGAAGGGACAAGCUGGAAAGGCCAAAAAGGGGAAAAAAGCACUGGAGCCCGAGGUUGGAGAGGUGCCGCAUCCCACCCCAAAGGGAAAGGCGAACAAGGCCAAGAGGGGGGAGAAGGCACUGGAUCCCGAGAGUGGAGAGGUGCCACAUCCCACACCGAAUGGAAAAGCGGGAAAGGCCAAGAGGGAGGAGAAGGCACUCGAGCCCCAGGUUGGAGAGGUGCCACAUCCGAAGAGGAAGGCCAAGCGAGGAGAGGAUGCAUGCAACGAAGAACCUGCAAAGGAGGAGGGUGGCAAGAAGCGCGCAGCACAGGCGAAGGAACCCACUGCAAGCAAGAAAGCCAAGACAAACGAGAAAGCCUCGGAGGAGCCACGUGACAAGGACCAGGAAGAGCCACGUGACAAGGACCAGGAGGAGCCACAUGAGAAGGACCAGGAGGAGCCACAUGACAAGGACCAGGAGGAGCCAUGUGACAAGGACCAGGAGGAGCCACAUGAGAAGGACCACACGCUGGAGGGUGAGACCGCGGAUUGUGAUGGGCUGAGUGACCAUCUCGAGAAGCUUCUUCAGGAGAUGGAUGAUGAUGCCCCUGCUCCUGCUGAGCCUGCUGAGCCUGCUGUGCCAACCCAUCGAGUGCGAAUCAAGCGCAGCGAUGCUGCCAUUUUUGGCUCCCCAGAUGCAAAGGCCCAUUCCGAGCCCUCAACAAGUGAGUCCAAAGCAGCAAGAAAGCAAGCAAAGAAGGAGGCAAGGAAGGCCGAGAAGAAGGCAAGGAAGGAGAUUGCAAGAAACAAGCGGGCGGAGGAAAAGGCCACCCACGAUGAGACGUGUGCGGAGAAAGAAUCCCAGGAGGAACCUGGGCCAAAGGAGGUCUCGAGGUCAAUGAAGGAGCCCGAGGAGACCAUGCCAGGGAAAGCAAAUGCAAAGGCAAAGGAGACCGAUCGACCCCAGAAGGCCCCCGAACGCGAGCGAGAGUGGUCCCAGGAUCGUCAGCCAGAGACGCAGGACGGUGGCUGGUAUCCUAGUUGCAACAUGUCGUGUGCUUCAUUGGAGUUGGGACAGAAUGCCCUGCGAUCGUUGAAGGAUCCGAACCUCGUCGACACGGUGUCGACCAUCGGUGCCACUGCAUCUGAGCUCCUGGAGUCGCUUGGCAACUCGGCUUCUCAAGUCGAGUCUGGUGAUGUCACACAGCUCCUUGGGGUUGUGGCCAAGCUGCAAGAACAGCUCAAGCAAGCUGCUGCAGCCAGUGCAAGCAAGAAGAAGCCAGCAGAGAAGUUGCCGGCGAUGCCUGCAGGGGAUGAAGGUGCUGGAUCAGAUGGUGCUGAUGGCUUGGAUGGAGAGGAGCUUUCUGAUGCCGAAACUCAUGAGAGUGAUGAAAAGGAAGAGGAGCAGGAAGAUGGAAAGGAAGAGGAGCAGGAAGAUGAAAUGGCAGAGGAGCAUGAAUCGGAGCAGGGAGAGGAAGAGGAUGAGCAGGAAGGGAGAGAUGAUGUCCAUGCACCCUGCCCGCCAGAGUCCAAGGAAGAUGAUGGAUCAACUAGUGAUGACGAUGAUGACUCGGCUUCGUCGGAAGCCGCUGAGGAUUCUGAGGCGGAGGAAGCUUCCUCUGCUGUUACUCUUGCUGCACAAGAGAAGGCAAAGCAGGCCGUCAGGCUUGAAAGGCAGGCCCGUGCGAUCCAAGCGUCGAAGCGCCGGGAUCCAGCAUCAUCGGUGCCGCCAGCUGCAGCCUGUCCUGAAGGGGAGGCGCUUUGCUUGUGUCUGUAUCCCAAGAAGCGGCUUAUCGACUCGGGAGCGCUUGCAGAGCGGUUCCCGCAGAUGCACGCGUUGUCUGAAGGUACGAUCAAGGCCAUCGCAUGGUUGUUUCACGGGAUUUGGGAGAAAGGGGAGUUGCUCAGGAAGUGGGUGGCUUCUGGAGAGAGCCUCCAGGCAUGUGAGCAACACAUCGAGGCUGCUCGAACAAACUUGUUCCGUGGCCGCUCCAUCAAAAAGUUGGUGCCAGUCAAAGACAUGAGUGCACCUCCUUACGCAUUCAUUCUCACCCUCGUGAGGGCAAAGAUCGCCCACAUCAUCGCCACCCACCAGGGCCAUCCGGAUCCGGAUGCACCGGAUGUGUUAGAGGAAACCCGUUAUUGGAUUACCGUGGAGGAGAGCAGGGAGGACCAGCUAGAGGAGAAUCUGCGUGUGAAUAUGCGACCGACGGCCGACAGUGCAACGCGCAUCUUGAAUGAUCAGAAUCUCACACCGUCUAUGCUGGGACGAGCAACCAAGCGCCCCGCCCCCAUAGCGGGUGAUGUGCUACGUGCAUACGACAACUUCUCGAACGCAGCGUCCAGUGUGAAUGGCAGCGCUGCUUCAGGUUUCUUGAUUGGUAUACCACGUCAUGUGCAGGGAAAUUCCUUAGCCUGUUUGGGUGUGCAGCGCAUGCGUGUGUCCUAG